UGAAAUCUGGAUUUUCAUACCAUGCUGCCCACCCCACCCUCUAUCCCACCUCCUCGCUCUCUUACUUCUCUAUCAGACUCUUCAUUCCUGUAUUCUGUGUCUGUGUGCCCUCCCCUCUAACUAAUGUUUAUGUCACUUUUUCUGUAUUGUUACGUUUUGUUUUGAUAACUAGUAAACCUAAACUUAAGUGUAUAGGCUGAAGCUGAGAUGACUGCAGACAAAGAGAGUAAUGGACUUGACAACUAUGCUUUUGCGCUGGAGGGAUGUGAUCUACCUCACCGAGGAGAGGAUCUGGUCUCCUCCAUUGAUGAAGACAGUAAAAAACUAGUAUACUGUGUAACAGAUGUCCCUCCCUGGUACCUCUGCAUCCUCCUGGGCACCCAGCACUGUCUGACUGCAUUUGGGGGUAUCAUUGCCAUCCCCCUGAUCCUGUCCCAGGGGCUGUGUCUGCAACAUGACAGCCUUUCACAGAGCCACCUUAUCAGCACUAUCUUCUUUGUUUCUGGCAUCUGCACACUGCUACAAGUUACCUUUGGCAUUAGGUUGCCCAUUCUCCAAGGCGGCACAUUCACACUGUUGGCUCCCUCCAUGGCAAUGUUGUCCAUGCCGGAGUGGACGUGUCCUGCUUGGACGCAGAAUGCCAGCUUAGUCAACACUUCCUCCACGGAGUUCAUAGAAGUGUGGCAGAGUCGAAUGAGAGCACUGCAGGGCUCCAUUAUGGUGGGCUCACUCUUCCAGGUGUUCGUCGGUUUCUCUGGCCUCAUCGGCCUUUUUAUGCGUUUCAUUGGACCUCUGACCAUCGCUCCCACUAUUGCUCUCAUUGGACUGUCUCUGUUUGACUCAGCUGGUAGCAGCGCUGGCAAUCAUUGGGGCAUUUCAUCAAUGACCACAGUACUGAUCAUCCUGUUCUCACAGUACCUUCGCCACAUAGCGGUGCCCUUUCCAACGUACAGCAAGGAUAAAAAGCUUCAUACCUCUCGAGUCUAUGUCUUCCAGAUUCUUCCUGUCCUUCUGGGAAUAACACUGUCUUGGCUUAUCUGUUACAUUCUGACUACCUACAAUAUACUCCCUGCUGAACCAGACCAGUACGGCUAUCUUGCACGGACUGAUCUGAAAGGAGAGGUUAUAAGUCAAGCUCCCUGGUUUACGUUCCCAUAUCCAGGACAGUGGGGGAUGCCGACCGUCAGCCUUGCCGGGGUGGUUGGCAUCUUGGCUGGUGUGAUUUCUUCCAUGAUAGAGUCUGUUGGGGAUUACCAUGCUUGUGCAAGGUUGUCUGGAGCUCCACCCCCACCUAAACAUGCCAUCAACAGGGGCAUUGGCAUAGAGGGCCUGGGGUGUCUGCUGGCUGGUGCCUGGGGAACUGGAAAUGGAACCACUUCAUACAGUGAAAAUGUUGGAGCUCUUGGCAUUACUAAGGUUGGCAGUCGCAUGGUGAUAGUGGCCAGUGGAGUGUUGAUGGUUGCCAUGGGAAUACUUGGCAAAGUGGGUGCCAUAUUUACCACCAUCCCCUCACCUGUGAUGGGAGGAAUGUUCCUGGUUAUGUUUGGAGUCAUUUGUGCUGCAGGUGUUUCUAAUCUGCAGUAUACAGAUAUGAAUUCAUCCCGAAACAUCUUCAUCUUUGGAUUCUCCAUGUUCUCUGGUCUGGUUAUUCCUAACUGGAUAUUAAAGAACCCCAAAGGCAUAGCCACAGGUGUGGUAGAAAUUGACCAGAUGUUGCAGGUACUUCUUACAACCAGCAUGUUUGUUGGAGGCUUCUUUGGCUUCAUACUGGACAACACCAUCCCAGGGACCAAGGAGGAGCGGGGCAUCCUGGCCUGGAACAAAGCUCACGAAGACGACUCAAGUAACACACUGGAGAGUGGAGAGGUGUACGGUCUUCCCUUUGGUAUCAGCUCUCACUUGUCCUCUUUGUCCUGGAUCCGGUACAUACCAUUCUGCCCUCCUGGAAUGCCCAACACCCUGGAGCCUAAGCAGCCACUGGGAAAUCCAGAGCCUGCACAGAUCAUCAUUGGAGUUGGUCUGUGAGCAGCUUAUUCACUCCAACAUUUCCCAAAAGGCGAUACAAGAAAAGGCAGCUGAGUUUAUGUUGCGUCUUAGAGGCACUGUACUGUAACAACAUGGUGCAAAGUUGGAGAGAAUAUUUUUGUGCAAUGGCACGCCAACUCCUAUUUUCUGUCGUUUUUGUCUGAUAAACUCACGGUGCACUGUUGAGUUGGAUCUGAAGAUGUGGUCAAACACUUAAAGAAGAAAAAAAGACCUUGUGUCCUGUUCUUGACCUCAGUAUAAAAUGUUAUGAGGCAAAGAAAAGCUGGAGAGGAACAUUUACAAGAACUUCAGAAGAGCUGACUGUAGAGUUAAGACUACCACACUAAACUAACACCCGGCAACAAAUACAGCAUGUAACAGCCAAUGAUAUGUAACUGAUGUAGGUCUGACAUUAUGAAAGUGCAGGGUUCUGAACAUGGGCCUCAGAAAGCAAGUCUAGCAAAACAAUGGACUGGGUUCUUACAGUUACUCAGCCAUAUUCAUCCAAAGCAGCAUAUUUGCUUUACAUCAUGUAGGUUGUGAACAUGGGUAACUGAAAUAAUGCUCCAAAAUGAAAUAUAAACAGCAGCUCCUAAAGGUUAUAUAAUAUUUUUGUCAGAGAUUGGUGGCUCAUGGUUACCAUCUUAUUUAGACAUAUUUGUUCAGUUUGUGCAAGAUGAGCAUAAGAGUUAAGGUCAAUUGAUGCUGUAAAUAUCCCUUUUAGCUUCCUAAUGUGUUGAAAUAAAAUGUCCUAAAAGUAUUUCCAUUCAUAUUCUUUCCCCUCCCCAGCCUUACAUGUUUUUUGAGUUUUCUCAUGGACUCCUUCAGUUUUUUCUUUCACAAGGAGCUGUGUGCUGCCAUCAACUUAUUUCUUAAGGUUUUCUUACAGAAAGAAAUACAGAAGGGGAUGAUGAACCAAGGUCUUUUAAUGAGUGUUCAUAUUCAUAUUUCUGGGACAUUUUAUUUCAAUAGGUACUAUAUUUACCAUUUGAAACUGUUUGAGUGUAACCGGUUUUCUUUGGUUUCAAUUUGGAUUUUUUUUUAAAUGACCUUUUUUGACCUCUUGGCUUCAGAAUGAAAUAAUGUGCAGGUGCUAGCAAAGAAACUAAAACCACAAGUGAAUGUAAGAACAUCUAUGGUCUUUUUUAUGUCACAUUCAUUAUGCAAAUAUCCAAUGUAUCUUUUGUGUAUAUAUAUAUAUAUCUCUGUGCACUUUAUCUCUGGUGACAUAUUCUGACUUUU